AUGGCAGAUGUGGAGGAGACCCUAAAGUGACUUCAGAGCCAGAAGGGAGUGUAGGGAAUCAUCAUGGUGAACACAGAAGGCAUUCCCAUCAAGAGCACCAUGGAUAAUUUCACCACCACACAGUAUGACAACUUCAUGCACAACUUCUUGAAGGCAUGGGGUGCUGUGUGUGAAAUUGACACCCAGAAUGACCUUACCUUCCUUUGCAUUCACUCCAAGAGAAAUGAAAUUAUCGUUGCACCAAAUAAAGACUAUUUCCUGAUUGUGAUUCAGAAUCCAACUGAAUAA